AUGGAAGAGGAGAUGAAAAUCCUCUCCCAGAAGUACAACCCGCAGAAGACGCCCACGAAAAAGAAUACCUCUCGAAACGACAAGUAUGUCCACCACGAGGGAGAAGACACCCAGGGCGAGCACAACUACACUAUCAAUUCCGAACAAGGGAAGACCUCCGGAAACACCUGGUCCAGGAACCAGUAUAAGGAUAACUCCUACUGCGAGUUCCCCCAGACCAAAGGUCAUUCCACUACGAACUGUAAAGUUCUCGGCGGAAGGCUAGCCGUAAAACUCCUCGCUGGCGACCUCUCGAAGGUUACUAGCAUAAAGGACCUCAUCCUGGAUUCUGGCCGCCCUCCUGGGACUGAUAAAGAGUCUCCCGAGAGGGACGCACGCGCAAAUCAGUCUGGCGAAAAACGCGGAAGAAGACAGGAUGACCUUAGAGACAGUAGUACCCGCCGGAGGAUAAACAUGAUCAUUGGAGAAUCGCAAUUCUACCGCGACUCUGUUUCGUCCAUCAAGGCCUGCGGAAGAAAGGCGGAAACAAGUUCUAACUGGACGACUCGGUCCCUGACCGACAACGCUCCAAACGAUACGAUUGUUUUCGAGGAGGAGGAAACCGUCGCACUUGAUAAACCUCACUGCGACCCGCUGGUCAUCGACUUGGUCAUUCGAGACCUCGAAGUGGGAAGAAUCCUCAUCGACACAGGCAGCACGGUCAACGUCAUUUUCCGCGACACUCUUCGGAGAAUGAACAUCGAACUCUGGGAAAUCAUCCCGGAACCAAAACCGCUGACCGGUUUUUCGGGCACAACAUCAAUGACCCUCGGAUCGAUCAAACUUCCGGUCAUGGCAAAGGAAAUCACAAAAAUCGUUGACUUCGCUCUACGACAAACUCGGAACACCCCUGCGGUUAGCCCGAAGCGAGUCAAGAAAACUCAGAGUACUCCCGAAGGUUUCAAGAAGAGCGAUUCGGAAUCACUCGCCCAGGCAACGGCUCCGGACAGCGACGCGAUCCCGGAGUCCAUCGCCCUACCAGCGGAAAACCCGACUCACGAAACGGCCUCCGAUUUAACUAAAGCCUCAACGGCCAAAGUAGCAGAAAGGGCCCUAUCCAACAAGUAG